AUGUUCCUCCCAAGCGUCCACGCGGAAACAGAUGAUGCUGUCCUGCUCCAAUUCAUCAAAGAGAACCCGCUGGGUAUGCUCAUCACCGGAAUCAACUCCUCCCUGGAUUUCCUACAAUGCACCCAUGUCCCAAUGGUGCUAGACACCCCCGGAGACUGCGAUGACUCCGCUCCUCUAGGCCGUCUGCGGGCGCAUAUCGCCAAACAAAACCCCCAGGUCCAAGGCAUGAUUGAGUCAUUGGAAAGCAAAGAUGGGGUGACCACCAUCGAAAAUGAUGUGUUGGUGGUCUUCAACGGCAAGCACGAUCACUACGUGACACCGAAAUUCUACGUCGAGACCAAGCCGGACUCGGGCAAGGUCGUCCCCACGUGGAACUAUUCUGCCGUUCAGGUCUACGGCAAACUGUCUCUCUACUAUGAUUCCAAGAGCCCGGAGGCAGGAGAGUUCCUCGCCAAGCAGAUUCAUGAUCUGUCGCAACAUACUGAAAAGUCUAUUAUGGGUUACACCGGCGGGGAGAAUCCUGAGCCAUGGAAGGUGUCCGAUGCGCCGGAGAAGUACGUCGAGUUAUUGAAACGAAACAUUGUCGGAAUUCAAAUUCGGAUCGAUAAGCUGCAAGGCAAAUUUAAGAUGAGUCAGGAGAUGCGGCCUGGUGACCGGGAUGGUGUGGCGCAAGGAUUCGCAAAGAUGGGAGGUGAAACUGGGACAGCGAUUGCAUCUUUGGUUGAAGAGCGUGGCAAUUUACACGACGAGAAGAAGCAAAAGUCCUCGACUUGA